AAAGGGCCCCAACCAGCAUUGAAUGUCACAAACAAGGGGCGCAAAUGGCCUUGGUUUGGUGGACAUGGUUACACUUUGCUAUUCCUUAGCCUGAUUGAUGCGUGCAGGGUUGGCUGAAAUUAUAGAGCAAUUCGCUACAAUAGCCAUUCAUUUGGUUGAUGCCUCACAGCUUCCCGUCCGCAUUGAUUUCCAAGUCAGCGUGUGCUACGGAGUGCUCGGUUCGUAAUUUGCGCACACAUGUUCCUUGAGAACACCCUCAUAAAUAUUCUGACAACAUCAUCUUCCGUCAAGGCCACAAAACCGGGGAGAAACAAGGAGAAUAGAUUUCAGAGUGGCCCGGAGACCUGCCUCACAUGCGGAUAAGACACAGCACAAUGUGGGCUGACCCAAUCCGCAUUUUUUGAGCCGAGGUCGGGCUUGUGUGAUACGACCUCACCACCAAAAAUGUGAAGGAAUUUCGAAGAUAAGAUGGGAACAUUUCCCGUUACCAGAUCAAUCCGUGGUUCAAUAGUUAGGACCUCGAUGCAAGAGACAUUUUCAUUUGACAUCAUGGCAUCCCCGAUGGAGCGUCUCAUCACCAGCUUGACUAAAGGCGCCUCCGUGGAGACAAUAUGGACCAACAUUACCGGCUCGUUUUCCCCGGCGGGCAUUGAAUUCUUCGGCACCCUCAGCGUCCAGCUUGUCACCUUCUGGCUCCCAUCACUCUUCUUCCUGUCCCUGGAUAUCUGGGCACCGUCCUUCUCUAACCGACACAAGCUCCAGCCCAUCCCCAAGCAACCGACGAGCAAGGAAAUCAAAUCCUGCGUUCUCCUCGUCCUGCGGAACCAAAUCAUCAAUUCCAUCCUACACAUCAUCCUCAUCUUCAUCUCUCCGCAACGCCCCUACCGAAUCGAACCCUCACUCCCUAGUCUCCCCGAAAUCGCCCGGGAUUUUAUCAUCUGCCUCCUAAUCCGCGAAGCCCUAUUCUACUACAGCCACCGGCUCCUCCACCACCGCAUCUUCUACGCACGAAUCCACAAGCUUCACCACCGUUUCACCGCGCCAGUCGCACUCGCAGCCCAAUACGCGCAUCCGAUCGAACACAUCGUCGCGAAUGUCUUGCCCAUAACGCUCCCACCGGCGCUACUAAAGAGCCACAUCUUGACCUUCUGGACGUUCCUUGCCUACGAGCUGUCCAAUACAGCACUUGUCCACAGUGGAUAUGAUUUCUUCAGCGGGAUAGCCAAGAUGCAUGAUUUGCAUCAUGAGAAAUUCAAUUUGAAUUAUGGGUCAAUUGGAUUACUAGAUUGGUUUCAUGGCACGGAUAAACUGCACAAGCGCACGGAAUGAUUGACAUUAUUUACAUGUAUAUAUGAGUCAAUAUGCGAAGUAUAUAUGAGGAGCAGAGAGCUAUUGGGGUAGGGGGAAGUCUUCACAGGUCCAGAAAUUGGUGAAAAGUUAACUGGAUAGUUAACUUAUAGCUAGAGCGGAGCGCGGAAAUACUCAUUGCAUUAUCGAAAAC